GAUUUAUUUCUUUUCAACCAUGAGAGCUCCCAAAAGGUACCGAAUAUUCUUUCUUUAAUUCAAAAGAGAUUCUUAUGGGGGGUGGUGAGUAUAAUAGGAAGAUUGCUUGGGUUAGCUGGGAAACAAUGUGCAAAAGUAGAAAGGAAGGAGGUCUUGGUGUAAAAGAUCUAGGUAGGUUUAAUUUGGCAUUGUUAGGGAAGUGGCAAUGGAGACUAUUAAGGGAGAGAAGGGCCUUAUGGAAUAGGAUAAUGGAAGCUAAGUAUGGAGUGCAUAGGAAACAAGACUACAAGGGCAGGGAAGUGAAAGCAAAUAGUUCAAAUUGGUGGAAGGAGCUGUGGAAGAUUGAUAGGGCAGUAGCUUAUAAGGAGGGUUGGCUUUAAAAGGGAUUAGAAAAGGUUAUUGGCGAAGGGAAUGAGACAUUAUUUUGGCAGGAAGAAUGGUGUGGAGAGAUACCAUUUAGAGAGAAAUUUAGUAGACUGUAUAGACUGUCGAAGGGUAAAGAUGCUUUAAUAAAAGAUAUGGGGGAAU